CACGUUUCGAGGCCAAAAGAUGGCGGAUGAUUUAGAAAGCUCGUCAGCUGAAGCUUUAAUUAGUUUCAGCGAGGGUAAGUCCCCAUCAAGACAGAGAAAUCCUACACGCAUCAGGAAGAAGAACACCAAGUUUUACAAUGCAGACGAGGACACAUCAUUCUCUAUCAGACCACGGAGCCAGAAAAAGAGGGAACGUAAACCUGGCAUUGGGUUGACUGUUCAGGAUAAAAGGAUGGCUCAAGGCAUUGGGGUGAGACUGAGAAAUCUGCUGAAGUUACCCAAGGCUCAUAAGUGGGUGUGUUACGAAUGGUUCUACUCGAACUUAGACAUACCACUCUUCCUGAUAGAGAAUGAUUUUUGCAUCUGUAUGAAAGAGUCCUUUCCACAACUAAAGAUGAAAAAACUUCGUAGAGUGGAGUGGUGCAAAAUCCGCCGUCUAAUGGGCAAGCCUCGCAGGUGUUCGCCAGCAUUCUUUGAGGAGGAGCGGGCAGCUCUCGAGAUAAGACGCAACAAAAUUAGACUCCUUCAACAGAGGAAGAUGUCGGAACUCCAGACCUUCAAAGAUCUCCCAGACGAAAUACCAAUGCACCUUGUUAUUGGUACUAAAGUCACAGCACGUCUUAGAAAGCCACAGGACGGCUUGUUUACUGGUGUAGUAGAUGCCUUAGACACAGUGACAAACACUUACAGAAUUACAUUUGAUAGACCAGGAAUUGGUACUCACUCCAUCCCGGACUAUGAAGUUCUGAGCGUGGAGCCUCAGGAGACCAUCCCUCUGUCAGCCUUCCAACAGAAACACCGCCCGCGGCAGCCAGCCAUGUUCUCACCACCAAAGUUUGUACCCAGUCUCGGAUCUCCAAACCCAGAACUGGAUAAUGACCCUCUACUGAGUGGUUCUACGUUCACUGGUAAAUUACUCAGUCUGGAGGGAGGCACCUAUGGGGGAUUCCCAAUCAAGUUCCUAGUGCAAGUGACAAGACUGUCCAAAAUCCUUUCACUGAAGAAAGAUUGGAUCAAUCAGCUGAAGGAUUUAAACACACAAGCAGAAAAAGCUAAAUCAUUCCAGCAGCCCAUUACUCCAGACUUUCAGAGAAAGUAUGCCACCACAGUCCUGGAACUGGAACAGCUCAACAAACAGCUAGGGGAGUGUCUAAACGUGGUCCAGAGUUACUGCAAGGAGCUAGCCCCAGAUAUGGGUUUGACACCACUAGAUGAACCUUCACAAAUCAAAACCGGCUGUGAUGAAGAAGCCGCAGAGAUUGUCAACAGAAUAAGUGGAAUGUUCCACAAGAGAACUUCCAAAAACCAGAGAGUUAUGGAUCUGAUUUCCAGUUUGACAUCUCUAAUGCUGCAAGUCCGGACAUUUUCUGAGCAAGAAUUUAACUCCUUUGAAUUCAAGUGUUUGCAAGAUACCUUAAAAGAAAUCAAGGAUAAGUUGGAUGGAAACAGUAUCAAUGCUUUCCAGAACAAUGUGGAGAUUCAUAUAAACCACAUACAGAGUGGAUUAAGUCAGAUGGGGAACCUUCACGCUUUCUCUUCUUCCACUUAUAAAGUUUGACCGGUACAAAGGUCAAGGACAAAUUCCUGCUUAGACAGUGUAACAUCCUUGGGACACUAGCAAGGUUUUAUGUAUACCCACAGAUAUGACUGUGCUAUUGAUUAUGACAUGUUUACUUCUUGUUCAGAUUAUUAUCAGAAAAAAAAUUAGAGGUCUGGAGUAAUGGUAAAAUUUAUGUAUUGUUUUAAUAUUACUCUAGGUAUCUAUGUAAAUUUCUUGUUCAUGUGGUCAAAUUCUGAAAAAUAUUGUAGAUCUCAAAGGAAAUGUUUGUUAUUGUGCAAUAUGAAUAAUGAAAUAGUAUAGUACAUUGUAGUACAAUAGAUAUAUCAACUAACUAACUAUAUCAUGUUUAAAUAUCUAUGAAUUUUAUUUUAUUAAAAUUACUGAAUAGGGCAGAUCAGUAUAACCAUUUAUUACUGUAGAUCACUAAAAUUUUCAUGAAAACUUUUUCUUUUUGGGGUAGGUUUUAGGUAUUUACUAACAAAAUUUUCAAGAAUUUUGGUUAUUGCUGUAAAUACAGUGUACAUGUAUAUCUUAUGCUAAUUAAAAUAUUCACAGUAAUGAAAUGUUAUUGAGCUGACUUUCUCACAUAAUUAUGCAAAAAUUAAGUCUUAAAAAGUGAUUUUACAGUAGCAGAAAUUUUGCACAAAACUAAUAAAAUAAUUAUGUCAUAACAAUUUCUCAAU